AUGUCCAACAAGGUUCACGUAGGAAGCACUGAGAUAGAGGAAGGUUUGAGAAAGACAAAGUGGAAAGUCCUAGAACCUUCCGAGAAGAUCAAGAAAAUUCCGAAGAGGCUUUGGCAUAUCGGAAAAGAAGAUCCAAGGAGGGUAAUACAUGCCCUUAAAGUAGGUCUUUCCUUGACACUUGUCUCUUUGUUAUAUCUCAUGGAGCCACUCUUCGAAGGCAUCGGAAGCAAUGCCAUUUGGGCCGUCAUGACCGUCGUCGUCGUCCUUGAGUUCUCUGCCGGUGCAACGUUGUGCAAAGGACUUAAUAGAGGAUUAGGAACACUCAUCGCAGGAUCUUUGGCAUUUUUCAUUGAGUUUGUAGCUAAUGAUUCCGGCAAAGUUCUCCGAGCUAUCUUCAUUGGCACCGCUGUUUUUAUCAUUGGAGCGGCUGCAACAUAUAUAAGAUUUAUACCGUAUAUAAAGAAGAAUUACGAUUACGGAGUUGUGAUAUUUCUCUUGACGUUCAAUCUCAUAACGGUUUCGAGCUAUCGAGUAGACAGUGUGAUAAACAUAGCACACGAUAGAUUCUACACUAUAGCCGCCGGUUGCGGAAUCUGUCUUUUCAUGAGCCUUAUGGUUUUUCCUAUUUGGUCCGGUGAAGAUCUCCACAAAACCACCGUCGGUAAACUCCAAGGCCUCUCUCGGUCUAUAGAAGCAUGUGUGAGUGAGUACUUUGAGGAGAAAGAGAAAGAAACAUCAGAUUCAAAAGACAGAAUCUAUGAAGGUUAUCAAGCUGUUUUGGAUUCUAAAUCCACUGAUGAAACACUUGCAUUAUAUGCAAAUUGGGAGCCAAGACACACGAGACGAUGUCAUAGGUUUCCAUGUCAACAAUAUGUUAAAGUUGGAGCUGUUCUUCGUCAGUUUGGUUAUACUGUUGUUGCUCUUCACGGUUGUUUACAAACUGAGAUUCAAACUCCUAGGUCCGUUCGCGCGCUUUUCAAAGAUCCUUGUGUAAGAUUAGCCGGAGAAGUCUGCAAGGCUUUGUCGGAACUCGCCGAUAGUAUCUCCAACCACCGUCACUGUUCACCGGAAAUUCUCUCCGAUCAUCUCCACGUGGCACUCCAAGAUCUUAAUUCCGCUAUCAAGUCUCAGCCUAAGCUCUUCCUUGGCUCCAAUCUCCAUCGUCAUAAACACCAAAACGGCAACGUUCAACACAGCAAUAACAAACAUCCACACGGUACCGUUUCGCAGCGAAACAACAAUAACAGUUUGAAAGAUCUAAACGCCGACGUUUCGCUUCAAAAUACCGAAACCGGUCCACGUAAAAUUACUUCGCGUCAAGGCCAAAGCGGUGCCGUUUCGCUCUCGAGCUUCAGAACCGACACGUCAGCUUUGAUGGAGUACCGGAGAUCGUUCAAGAACAAUAACAGCUCCGAGAUGUCGGCGGCGGGAGAGAGGAGGAUGUUACGACCGCAGCUUAGCAAAAUCGCGGUGCUGACGAGCCUCGAAUUCUCGGAGGCUUUGCCUUUCGCGGCGUUUGCGUCGUUGCUGGUGGAGAUGGUGGCGAGGCUUGAUAAUGUGAUCGAGGAAGUGGAGGAAUUGGGAAGGAUCGCGUGUUUCAAGGAGUACGAUAACACACGAGAUCCAACGGCUGAUGAUGCCCGAAGCGAGAAACCGGCGAAUGUUGUGAUCAGUGUAGGCUCCGCGGAAUGA